GCGGGCGCGGGCAGGGCCCGGAGCGAGUGCAACCCGAACAGACGGCGCGCGACCCGGAGCAGACAGGCCAGUUCUCCCAGGACUACCGGCUGAAGAGUCGCUGCUGGACUCCAGCCCUGUCACCAUGGGCGGCCCGGAAGGACGCUUCCAUUUUGCCAUCGACCGUGGAGGCACCUUCACAGAUGUCUUUGCUCAGUGCCCAGGGGGGCAUGUGAGGGUCUUGAAGCUGCUCUCAGAAGACCCUGCCAACUACGCAGAUGCACCCACAGAGGGCAUCCGCCGCAUCCUGGAACAGGAGGGAGGCAUGCUGUUGCCGCGGGACCGGCCGCUGGACACCAGUCGUAUCGCCAGCAUCCGCAUGGGCACCACGGUGGCCACCAACGCACUGCUGGAACGGCGAGGGGAGCGGGUGGCCCUGCUGGUGACCCGCGGCUUCCGGGACCUGCUGCAUGUGGGCACCCAGGCCCGAGAGGACCUCUUUGACCUGGCUGUGCCCAUGCCCGAGAUGCUGUAUGAAGAGGUACUGGAAGUGGACGAGCGCGUGGUGCUGUAUCGAGGGGAGCCGGGUGCUGGUACACCUGUGAAAGGCCGCACAGGGGAUCUGCUGGAGGUGCAGCAGCCUGUGGACCUGGGAGCUCUGCGCAGAAAGCUGGAAGGGCUUCUGUCCCGAGGCAUCCGCAGCCUGGCCGUGGUGCUCAUGCACUCUUACACGUGGGCCCAGCACGAACAGCAAGUGGGCACACUGGCCCGGGAGCUGGGCUUCACACACGUGUCACUGUCCUCGGAGGCCAUGCCCAUGGUGCGCAUUGUGCCCCGGGGGCACACAGCCUGCGCCGAUGCCUACCUCACUCCCACCAUCCAGCGCUACGUGCAGGGCUUCCGCUGUGGCUUUCAGGGUCAGCUCAAGGACGUGCAGGUGCUGUUCAUGCGCUCAGAUGGUGGUCUGGCACCCCUGGACUCCUUCAGUGGCUCCCGCGCUGUGCUUUCAGGCCCCGCUGGUGGGGUGGUUGGUUACUCAGCCACCACCUAUCGGGUGGAGGGCGGCCAGCCUGUCAUUGGCUUUGACAUGGGAGGCACGUCCACCGACGUGAGCCGCUAUGCUGGGGAAUUCGAGCACGUCUUCGAGGCCAGCACUGCUGGUGUCACCCUCCAGGCCCCCCAGCUGGACAUCAACACAGUGGCAGCCGGUGGGGGCUCCCGCCUCUUCUUCAGGUCGGGCCUCUUCGUGGUGGGGCCUGAGUCUGCAGGAGCCCACCCUGGCCCCGCCUGCUACCGCAAAGUGUCCACCCACAGUCCGCAGCGCCCACACUGUGCGCACCUCCCAGGAGGCCCUGUAACAGUGACGGAUGCUAAUUUGAUCCUGGGUCGCCUGCUGCCUGCUUCCUUCCCCUGCAUCUUUGGGCCUGGAGAGGACCAACCACUGUCCCCGGAGGCCUCCCGAAAGGCCCUGGAGGUUGUGGCCACUGAGGUCAACAGCUUCCUGACCAAUGGGCCUUGUCCGGCCUCCCUGCUGAGCCUGGAGGAGGUGGCCAUGGGGUUUGUGCGUGUGGCCAACGAGGCCAUGUGCCGGCCCAUCCGUGCGCUCACGCAAGCACGAGGCCAUGACCCGUCGGCGCAUGUGCUGGCUUGCUUUGGGGGAGCUGGUGGGCAGCAUGCAUGUGCCAUUGCCCGGGCCCUGGGCAUGGACACUGUGCACAUUCACAGGCAUAGCGGGCUGCUGUCUGCACUGGGGCUGGCCCUGGCAGACGUGGUACACGAGGCACAGGAGCCCUGCUCCCUGUCCUACGCUCCUGAGACCUUCGUGCAGCUGGACCAGAGGCUGAGCCGCCUGGAGGAGCAGUGUGUGGAUGCCCUGCGGGCCCAGGGCUUCCCCAGGUCCCAGAUUAGCACUGAGGGCUUCCUGCACCUGCGCUACCAGGGCACUGACUGUGCCCUGAUGGUGUCGGCCCACCAGCACCCAGCCACUGCCCACUCACCCAGAGCUGGCGACUUUGGGGCAGCCUUCAUGGAGAGGUACAUGAGGGAGUUUGGCUUCAUCAUCCCUGAGCGGCCGGUGGUCGUGGACGAUGUGCGGGUGAGGGGCACCGGUCACAGUGGCCUUUGCCUCGAGAACGUCCCGAAAGCCCAGAGUGGGCCCCCCCGGGUAGACAAGAUGACCCAGUGCUUCUUUGAGGGGGGCUACCAGGAGACCCCCGUGUACCUGCUGGGAGAGCUGGGCUGUGGGCACAAGCUUCAGGGGCCCUGCCUCAUCAUUGACAGCAACAGCACCAUCCUGGUGGAGCCAGGCUGCCAGGCAGAGGUGACUGAGACGGGGGACAUCCGCAUCUCCGUGGGGGCUGAGGCCCCCAGUGUGGUGGGUGCCCAGCUUGACCCUAUCCAUCUGUCCAUCUUCUCCCACCGCUUCAUGAGCAUCGCCGAGCAGAUGGGCCGAAUCCUGCAGCGCACAGCCAUCUCCACCAACAUCAAGGAGCGCCUGGACUUCUCCUGCGCCCUCUUCGGGCCGGACGGGGGGCUGGUCUCCAACGCCCCUCACAUCCCUGUGCACCUGGGUGCCAUGCAGGAGACAGUGCAGUUCCAGAUCCAGCACCUGGGGGCCAGUCUCCACCCCGGUGACGUGCUGCUGAGCAACCACCCCAGCGCUGGGGGCAGCCACCUGCCGGACCUGACUGUCAUCACGCCAGUGUUCUGGCCGGGUCAGACUCGGCCUGUGUUCUACGUGGCCAGCCGUGGGCACCAUGCGGACAUCGGGGGCAUCACACCAGGCUCCAUGCCCCCCCACUCCACCACCCUGCAGCAGGAGGGCGCCGUCUUUCUGUCCUUCAAACUCGUCCAGGGGGGUGUCUUCCAGGAGGAGGCGGUGAUCGAAGCCCUGCGGGCACCAGGCAAGAUUCCAGGCUGCAGCGGCGCACGGAACCUGCAUGACAACCUGUCAGAUCUCCGUGCCCAGGUGGCUGCCAACCAGAAGGGCAUCCAGCUGGUGGGCGAGCUCAUCGGGCAGUACGGCCUGGAUGUGGUGCAGGCCUACAUGGGCCACAUUCAGGCAAAUGCUGAGCUAGCUGUGCGAGACAUGCUGCGGGCCUUUGGAACCUCGCGCCAGGCCCGGGGCCUGCCCCUGGAGGUGUGUGCCGAGGACCACAUGGACGAUGGUUCCCCCAUCCAACUCCGUGUGCAGAUCAACUUGAGUAAGGGCAGUGCAGUGUUUGACUUCAGCGGCACUGGGCCUGAGGUGUUUGGCAACCUCAACGCGCCGCGGGCCAUCACGCUGUCUGCCCUCAUCUACUGCCUCCGCUGCCUGGUGGGCCGCGACAUCCCACUCAACCAGGGCUGCCUGGCGCCGGUGAGUGUUGUCAUUCCUAGAGGCUCCAUCCUGGACCCGUCCCCAGAGGCAGCCGUGGUGGGCGGCAACGUGCUCACGUCGCAGCGCGUGGUAGACGUCAUCUUGGGGGCCUUUGGAGCCUGUGCAGCCUCCCAGGGCUGCAUGAACAACGUGACCUUGGGCAAUGCCCACAUGGGCUACUACGAGACAGUGGCGGGAGGCGCGGGCGCAGGCCCUGGCUGGCACGGGCGCAGCGGUGUGCACAGCCACAUGACCAACACACGCAUCACCGACCCCGAGAUCCUAGAGAGCAGGUACCCGGUCAUCCUGCGCCGCUUCGAGCUGAGACUGGGGUCCGGGGGCCGUGGCCGCUUCCGGGGUGGCGAUGGUGUUGUCCGAGAGCUGCUCUUUCGUGAGGAGAUGCUGUUGUCAGUGCUGACCGAGCGCCGUGCGUUCCAACCUUAUGGCCUCCUGGGGGGUGAGCCAGGCUCCCGUGGCCUUAACUUGCUGAUCCGAAAGGAUGGCCGGACCGUGAAUCUGGGAGGAAAGACCUCUGUGCCUGUGUACCCAGGGGUAAGACUGCGGCCUCCAAACACCGGGCGGCGGGGGCUUUGGGGACCCAGAGGACCCCGCCCCACCACCAGGAUCGCCCUCGCAGCCUCGAGCCUUCCCCAAGCGGGGCAGCAUCUAUGAGUACCGCAGGGCCCAGGAGGCUGUGUGAGGAAGGGCCCACACAAUAAAGACCCCUUAAGGUGCCCAGUUCCCACGGCAACCAGCCAGGCUCACA